UUUAAAUUAAUUUCAGAUUCGAGUAAGUAAAGAACCUUGUCCGAAAUAUGUUGAGACGACUUUGCUUAAGACCUUCAUUUGCCGCUGCGGCUUUUCUUCGAACCUAUGCCACGCGUUUGUACACUGAUAGCCACGAAUGGGUUGAAUAUGAGGAUGGAGAGGCGACCGUUGGGGUUUCUCAUUACGCUCAGGAAAACUUGGGGGAUGUGGUUUACGUCUCCUUGCCUCAAAUAGGGGAUAGGGUUACGACACGAGAAGUUAUUGGAGAAAUGGAAAGCAUUAAAGCCACAAGCAGUGUGUACUCACCAGUGGAUGGGACCGUUUCUUCGGUUAAUGAAGCUCUCAUGAAUGAACCAGGAUUGGUUAAUAAAUCACCAGAGGAAAAGGGAUGGCUUGUGAAAGUGAAGUGCGCUGAAUCACCUAAGGGCCUUAUGAAUACGGAAGAGUACAAUGUGUUCAUAAAGGAAUAAUUUCUUGGAGGUUUUUUUAACUAAAAUUUUGUGUAGGAAUAAUUUUUAACAUAUGCGUGGCGCAUAAAUAUACGUUUAGUAGUUUCUAAAAAUUACUGUCAGAUUAUUUAUAUUGAUAAAUAUUCUUGUUUCACGGGAUUUACACUUAUGAAAUAGGAGCUGAGGGUGCGCGUACUUCUUUCAUCCAUGAAGCCCAGUUAAAAUCUCAUUGGAAGUAUAAUUUAACGUUGCUUUAUAGAUAAGGGUAGGCUAAGUCGUAUUGGGUCUUUCUCUAUCGUGCAUAUCUUAUUUAUGAAUUGAAAAAAAUAUUUAUAUUUUUAUUAGAUUGCCGGAAUAAUCAACGUGAGGUAGGUGCAUUAGUUGAUAUAAGUGUGAAAAUACUAGUGUAGAGGUCCAAUGGUUGGACUCACCCAUUUCUUCACACUCAAAA